AUGGAGAAGCAAAUCCUACAGGCGUUGCUUGUGGGACUCUGUUAUGUUUUUGUUUAUUCUGUAGACCCACCAGACAAUAUUGGUAAGGAAUACGUACUCAUGUUUAUGGAAAACUAUAAAUUGGAGAAAAACAGGAAUUUCCCGCUAGAACUCUACAUUAGUACUUCAGAAAAAACUAUAGCACAUGUUAACAUUAAAUCCCCUAUAUCGUCCAAUCCAUACGUAGAUCAAAACAUAACAGUUCAACCAGGCAUGGUACAACGCGUAAAUAUCAGCGAGGCCUUCCGAGUACUUGGAAACUCAAUAUCUUCGAAAGGGUUGCUGAUAAAAUCAGAUCAAAAUAUAGCCGUGUAUGGAGCAAACAAAGAUACCUUGUCAAACGACGUUUAUUGUGCCAUCCCUGUAGAUGCAUUGGGUACUGAGUAUUAUGCGGCUUGUUAUGGCCCAGCACUUAAGAAAACGGAACUUGGAGUUGCUGCUACCGAGCACAGUACAUCUGUAACGGUAACGCUUCCAACGAGAAACAAGACUUUAAGUGUAAAUUAUGGCGGUAAGAUUUACAAAGCAGGCGAUUCAAUUACAAUUAAAUUAGAUAAGUAUCAGACUCUUCAAUUACAAAGUAACUCAGACUUGACGGGUGCUCAUAUCGUCUGUAACAAACCUGUCGCUGCAUUCAGUGGGAACAUCAAGACAAAUAUUGGUGUUGGAAUUACUGCUGACCAUUUAGUAGAACAGUUAACCCCAGUUGAUACGUGGGGUAAAAGAUUUGUUACAGCCCCUAUUCCUAAAAGAACUACGGGCGAUUAUUUCCGAAUCAUUGCUGCUGAAGACAACACUGAAAUACAAAUUUCAGGAAUGCCCAAAGUAAAAAUUGAAAAGGCCGGUGAAUGGAAGCAAGUUACAAUUCCAUCUGAGGAUCACAAACUUAUCACUUCCAACAAGCCAAUCAUGUUGACCCAAUACGUGACGAGUCAACAAAAUGACUCUGAACCCGCGGACCCAUCCAUGAUGAUAAUACCUCCUUACGAGCUUUUCGGGGCAAAAUACACAUUUUCAACACCUCAAUACUCACGACCAGAUUAUGGCGCAGGAUAUGCUUAUGACCAUGAGUUCAUAGUCAUCGUUAAGGAUACAGACCGUAAAACAUUAUUAUUAGAUGACAAACCCUUUCCAUCAAACACGCAUUGGAAGCCAAUUCCUGGCACUGAUCUAGUGGGGGGCUACGUGACAUUGACUUCAGGUUCGCAUACUGUACGGAACACUGAUCCAACAGCACUUAUUGGUGGAUAUUUGUAUGGACACGCUUUUCAUGAGUCAUAUGGAUUUCCCACUGGAAUGCGAUUGGCUAAAAUUAAUGCUGUAAGUUGA